CCCGCCCUUCUCACCGCCCCUCUCCCCUUUCCUCCUCCUCCUCUUCCUCCUCCUCCUUCGGGAGCCUUGCCUCCCCUGCACACCUGCCUUGCCAUUUGUCGGCGGCUUUGCUAGGAGGGAAGAAUUUUCCCUCGGUCCCUUACAGCAUCCCUCCCCGGCACACACACACACACACACACACACAUACACGCACGCUCACACAGCCGGACGGGCAGAGGCACCGCGCUGCCCGUGCCUCGCUGGCCGCCGCCUCUCCGCACCUCGGCCCCGCGCUCCUCGCCGCCGCGGGGCGUCCUCCGCCUGCUGCAGCGCCGCCGGGCCCGGCAGCCGCCGAAGGGGGGCGGCGGCGGCGGCUCCCGCUGCUCCGCGGCCCCGCACCGGCAGCGAUCUUGGAUUCUGAACUUGAAGCAAUUCUUCAAGACUAUAUGCUUCCUGAAACUCGAAAACUAUCUGCAAUAAAUAGGAUUGGCCAUGAGAAUUUGUAACGUUCCUUUGGAAAUACUGUGAUGGGGCCACUGAGAAGUUACCUUCCUGUGUACAGGACCCAAGAAUUAACACUUCUGGUAGGAGGCAUGUAACAGAAAUGUAUUUGCCAAAUGGUGCUGCCUCUUUUCUUGGAUAUGGGAAAGCAUUUUGUUGAAAUGGGAAAACCAAAUCAGUAGAGCCCGCCAGUUCCACACGCCUGCUGUCUGCGAGCAUCCCCACCCUGGAUUGCAUUAAAAGCAUCCACUUCAAGAAACUACAACUGUGUUUAUUCAAGCUUUGAAUUUGGAAGUCGUGCCGGGAUCCCUGCCACGGCACACUUGAACCGUGAAACCCAGUGUUUCAUACAGUGGGUGAAGAAUGAUCUGGAAUACACCCAAACAUGGGCUUUUCAUCAUCAUGAAGACUGCAGUUAGAGCCAUUGUUUCAUUCAGUCACCAAAUAAUAGUCUGGAGAGAAAGUACCAUGUCCAGCUCCAUGUCUUCUCUGGCUCUUCUGUGAGCCUAAUGAGCGGUGUGGGGGCCCUGUGCUUGGUGAUAUCCCAUCUCAAGAUGCUGCUAAUACAGUAGCUAAUUAUUCCUAGCUGAAGAAGUCUAACAGAAGAAAAAAGGAUCUGGGGAAAAGCAAUGGCUGCUGCAGCUGAUGGUUUGGGGAGUAUAGCUAUAGAUACCACACAGCUUAACAUGUCAGUCACUGAUCCCACGGCUUGGGCUACAGCUAUGAAUAAUCUGGGGAUGGUUCCAGUGGGGCUAGCAGGACAACAGCUUGUGACAGAUUCAAUCUGUGUACCAGGCUUUGAUCCAAGCCUUAGCAUGAUGACUGGAAUCACUCCGAUUAACCCAAUGAUACCAGGCAUGGGGUUAGUGCCGCCACCACCACCAACAGAUGUGCCUGUAGUCAAAGAAAUAAUUCACUGCAAAAGCUGCACGCUCUUCCCUCCAAACCCGAAUCUUCCACCACCUUCAACAAGAGAGAGACCUCCUGGGUGUAAAACAGUGUUUGUUGGAGGAUUACCAGAAAAUGCAACGGAGGAAAUUAUUCAGGAAGUCUUUGAGCAGUGUGGAGAUAUAACAGCAAUUCGGAAAAGCAAGAAGAAUUUUUGUCACAUUCGUUUUGCAGAGGAGUUCAUGGUUGAUAAAGCCAUUUACCUUUCUGGUUACCGCAUGAGAUUAGGAUCUAGCACAGACAAAAAGGAUUCAGGUCGCCUUCAUGUUGAUUUUGCUCAGGCAAGAGAUGACUUUUAUGAAUGGGAAUGCAAACAAAGAAUGCUGGCCAGAGAAGAACGCCACAGACGCAAAAUGGAAGAAGACAGACUGCGCCCUCCUUCACCUCCAGCAAUAAUGCAUUAUUCGGAACACGAAGCUGCUUUGCUGGCUGAAAAAUUGAAAGAUGAUAGCAAGUUUUCUGAGGCCAUCACGGUGCUGCUCACCUGGAUUGAGCGAGGCGAGGUGAAUCGUCGCUCUGCAAACCAGUUCUAUUCCAUGGUGCAGUCGGCCAACAGCCACGUCCGCCGGCUCAUGAACGAAAAGGCGGCUCACGAGCAAGAAAUGGAGCAGGCCAAGGAGAGUUUCAAAAAUGCCUUAACAGGGAUCCUCACUCAAUUUGAGCAGAUUGUCGCCGUUUUCAACGCUUCUACCAGACAAAAAGCUUGGGACCAUUUCUCGAAAGCCCAGCGAAAGAACAUAGACAUUUGGCGAAAGCAUUCUGAGGAGCUUCGAAAUGCUCACAGUGAACAGCUCAUGGGAAUCCGCCGGGAAGAGGAGAUGGAAAUGUCCGAUGAUGACAGUGGUGACAAUCCCAGUAAAAAGCUGAGAGUAGAUGAUUCAGCUCUAGCCGCCCAAGCAUAUGCGCUAAAGGAAGAGAACGACAGUCUUCGAUGGCAGCUGGAUGCUUAUAGGAAUGAAGUGGAGCUCCUGAAGCAGGAGAAAGGACAGCUCUUUCGAACAGAAGAAAGCCUUACAAAGGACCAGCAGCUGCAGUUCCUACAGCAGACAAUGCAAGGCAUGCAGCAGCAAUUGCUGAGCAUACAGGAAGAAUUAAAUAACAAAAAAUCUGAACUGGAGCAAGCAAAGGAAGAGCAAACGCAUACACAAGCAAUGCUUAAAGUCCUGCAGGAACAGUUAAAAAGCGCCAAGGAAUUAGCAGAAAUCAAUGGGCAUGAUGAAUCUCAAGCAAAUGAAAUCAAUGUAUUGACAGUAGCGUUGGUCAACCAGGACAGAGAAAAAACCUCAGAGAAACGAAGCCCAGGUCUAAAAUCAGAAAAAGAGGCACUAUUAAUAGGUAUCAUAUCCACAUUUCUUCACGUCCACCCUUUUGGAGCCAAUAUAGAGUAUCUUUGGUCUUAUAUGCAGCAGUUGGACUCUAGGAUCUCUGCAAAUGAAAUAGAAAUGCUUUUGAUGAGACUGCCACGCAUGUUUAAACAAGAAUUCACUGGUGUAGGAGCAACACUGGAAAAGAGGUGGAAGUUUUGUGCCUUUGAAGGAAUUAAAACUAUCUGACUGUGACUAGUAAUGAAGCUAUGCAGAAGAAGAAUUUCUAGAGCAUGGCAGGGUUAUAAAGUAUUAAAGUAAGAAAUUUGGGUUUGGGCACAUAGUAGUAUGUUUUCAAAGUUAUCCAAGCCUAAUUUUAGUUACAUUUGUGACGUUCUCUUGUGAGUGGAAAUGUAGUUGUGCACCAGUUCCUAAAAUAAAAUAAAAUUUAAAAAAAAAGUUUCAAAAUGUGACAGAUUGUUUCCUAUGAAAACUGAAGAAAGAUACCACAGUCAUAAUGAUUUCAAAAUACUACAUGUCCUACAUCUAAGAAAAGCUCAUUGAGCAAACAGUUAAGGAGAAAGAUUGCCCAGUUAUGGUCGCUAAGCUACAGCAAUUUAUAUGUAAUAUGUAGUAGAACUCAUUAAGUUUUGUUAUAGAAAGUUCUUUCUGUUUAGUAAGAGAAUUGAGUAAUUUUACAGUGAGGAAAAGCAUACCAAAAGAAAACUUGAAGAUGUGUCUGAAGUUAUUGUAUUUUGUAAAUUAAGUUAUAUGCUGUACCAGGGAUUUUUGCCUUAUUGAAAGAGGCCUGAAAAUGUGAUUGGAGUCCUCAAGAAUGCUUUAUCAAGAAUAUUAUUUUUCUAAUGUAACUAUUCUCCAUUACAAGUUCUUUUAACAUGGAUUGCAUAUCAAUUUUCAUAAACGUGUAAAUAAGGAGGAAACCAGUGUUACUGUAUUGUAUUUGGUAUGUAACAUUCAGGUUUAUGCAUCAAAAUAAAUAUUCAGUUGCAUUACUGUUACAAAUUUUAUAGCAGAUAUAUUAAUUUUUAUCAAUAAAUAUGACUUCUACCAUA